GAGCCCUUGUGAAGCCAGCGAUGACAAGUCUGAAUGGUCGCCAUGCUGAGAAAACCCUUGACAUGCCAAAGCCAUCAGCCCCGAAAGUGCAUGUGCAGAGAUCUGUGUCCCGAGACACCCUCGCUAUUCACUUCCUUGCGUCAGGGGAGGAGGAGGAGGAGGAGGAAGAGGAGUUCGGGGAGUACCUUGCAGAGGGGCUGGAUGACCGAAGCAUUGUGACAGGGCUUGAAGCCAAGGAGGACCUCUGCCUUGAGUCCGGGGCUGGCCAUGACCCCGCUGGCCAGGCUGUCUCGCCCGCCCUGGCUGGCAGAUGGUCCGAGUCCCAGGCCCCUGCCGCCUCACCUAUCUCCAGGAACACUGUCACGCUGUUGGAAUCCCCUCUUCCAACGGCGCGGGUAUUAAGCACAGUGCCAGCGGCCCUUUCCCCAGGGUCGUCUUCCUCGGGGCCCUUCGCCAGCUCUCCCAGCGUGUCGUCCCUUUCCGAGCAGAAGACCAGCUCCUCCUCCCCGCUGUCCUCGCCCUCCAGGUCUCCUGUGCUCUCAUCCAGUGCCUCGGCCUCUGCUCUUUCUAGUGCGAAGCCCUUCAUAAGCCUUGUGAAGUCCCUGUCCACCGAGGGGGAGCCGAAAGAGUCCCCAGCCCCGCCGCGGCACAGGCACUUGAUGAAGACACUGGUCAAGUCUCUGUCCACAGACACUUCCCGGCAGGAUUCGGAGGCUGUGUCCUCUAGGCCCCCUGACUCCAAGCUGCACUUGCACCUGUUCAAGCAGUUCACCCAGCCACGAAGCACAGGUGGAGAUUCCAAAACGGCCCCGUCCUCCCCUCUCACUUCUCCCAGCGAUACCCGCUCCUUUUUUAAAGUGCCCGAGAUGGAGGCGAAGAUCGAAGACACCAAGCGUCGCCUCUCGGAGGUCAUCUAUGAGCCUUUCCAGCUCCUCAGUAAGAUCAUGGGGGAGGAGGGUGGCAGCCACAGGCCCAAAGCCUUGUCCUCGAGCGCGUCGGAGCUCUCCAACCUGUCCAGCCUCAACGGGCACUUGGACAGCAGCCACAGCUAUAGCAUCAAGGAGGAGGAGUGUGACUCCGAGGGGGACGGCUACGUGAGCGACUCCAACGUCCCCAGAAGCGAUCUCCCGAGGCCCACUGACGAGCCCAUGAAAGAGGCGGAGCCAAGAGGCGCCCCGGCAAGUGGUCUGAAGGACUUGGGCCUGAAGACAGGCUCACUAGUCCUGGAGAAAUGUUCCCUGUCGGCCUUAGUAAGCAAAGAAGAUGAAGAGUUCUGUGAACUGUACACUGAGGACUUUGACGUGGACACGGAGGGGGAGAGCAGAGCUGACCAGCCCCCAGACACCCCUCUUCAGCCAGCAGUGCUCACGGAUGACGGUGUGGGCCUUGACAGUGACGACGAGGCGGAAUUGGCCGUGCGGCACCUGGAACUGCCUGUGAAGACACUGGGCUUCUUCGUGCUGUGUGUCUAUGCGUACCUCAUCCUCCCGCUACCCCUCUACGCAAGUGGGCUCUUCCUGGGAGUGGGCCUCGGGUUCAUGACUGCCGUCUGUGUGAUUUGGUUUUGUACACCACCAAGUGCUCAUAAAUAUCACAAGUUACAUAAAAGUCUGCAACCCUGCAAGACAAGAUCUCUGGACAUCAAAGAACCUGAAAUACUGAAGGGAUGGAUGAAUGAGAUUUGCAGCUAUGAUCCGGAAACUUACCACGCGACUUUGACACAUUCUAUCUUUGUUCGACUUGAGGGUGGAACCUUAAGACUUUCAAAACCUAAUAAAAAUGUAUCCCGGAGGGCUAGCUACAAUGAAACCAAGCCAGAGGUCACCUACGUCAGCCAGAAGAUCUAUGACCUCGCAGACAGCAAGAUUUAUCUUGUACCUAAGAGUUUGGCUCGAAAACGAAUCUGGAAUAAAAAGUACCCCAUAUGUAUUGAGCUCGGUCGACAGGAUGACUUCAUGUCAAAGGCUCAGGAUAAGGAGACUUCGGAAGAGAAGCCACCACCUGAGGGAAGCGAAGACCCUCAGAAGCCGCCCCCUCCUCAAGAGGGAACAAGAUCUGGCCAGCGAGAGCAGAUACUCUAUCUCUUUGGGCGGACCGGCCGAGAAAAAGAGGAGUGGUUUAGGAGAUUUAUCCUGGCGUCUAAGCUGAAGUCAGAAAUCAAGAGGCCGCCUGGCGUCUCUGGAAGUAAACCAGGACUCCUGCCCACGCACAGCCGCAGCAGCAGCAGGGGCAGCGUGGAGGAGGUCACGGCGCCACCCAAGCAGAAGGAGCUGAUGGGCAGCGUGCGGCAGAAGAUGCUUCUGGACUACAGUGUGUACAUGAGCCGCUGUGUCCCCCCAGAAGGCCGGAGUCCCCAGCAGAGCCCUGCACAGAGUGCAGAGAGUAGCCCCACGGCGGGGAAGAAGUUGCCAGUGGCUCUGCCCUCUGAGGAGGAAGAACAGGAAGCCUGGGUGAAUGCCUUGCUCGGAAGAAUAUUUUGGGACUUCUUGGGAGAGAAAUACUGGUCUGAUUUGGUGUCUAAGAAGAUCCAGAUGAAACUCAGCAAAAUAAAGCUCCCUUACUUCAUGAAUGAGCUCACCCUGACGGAACUGGACAUGGGGGUGGCUGUGCCAAAAAUCCUGCAGGCCUACAAGCCUUACGUGGAUCACCAAGGACUCUGGAUCGAUUUGGAAAUGUCCUACAAUGGGUCCUUUCUGAUGACUCUUGAGACCAAAAUGAAUUUGACCAAACUAGGUAAAGAGCCUCUUGUUGAAGCCCUGAAGGUUGGAGAAAUUGGCAAAGAAGGUUGCAGGCCCCGGGCCUUCUGUCUGGCCGACAGCGAGGAGGAGUCCUCCAGCGCUGGCUCCUCCGAUGAGGACGACGCCCCCGAGCCCAGCGCAAGUGACAAGCAGCUCCUCCCAGGGGCGGAAGGGUACGUUGGAGGCCAUCGAACGAGCAAGAUUAUGCGGUUUGUGGAUAAAAUUACCAAGUCAAAAUAUUUCCAAAAGGCAACAGAGACAGAGUUCAUUAAAAAGAAGAUUGAAGAGGUCUCCAACACGCCCCUGUUGCUCACUGUGGAAGUACAGGAAUGCAGAGGAACCUUAGCAGUCAAUAUCCCACCACCCCCGACGGACCGAGUGUGGUAUGGCUUCCGGAAGCCACCAUAUGUGGAACUAAAAGCUCGCCCAAAACUUGGGGAGAGAGAGGUGACCCUGGUUCAUGUGACGGACUGGAUAGAAAAGAAGCUGGAGCAAGAGUUUCAGAAAGUUUUUGUCAUGCCAAACAUGGACGAUGUUUAUAUCCCUGUAAUGCAUUCAGCCAUGGACCCUCGCUCGACUUCCUGCCUCCUGAAAGACCCACCUCCAGAGGCUGCUCAUCAGCUGUGAGGAGUGGUGAGGGGCGCUCCCAGCAUUAUGAGACCAGGUUGGAGCGUGGGUUCUCGGCCACCAUCUGUGCUCUAGUGCCGGCCUCCACUCGUGCCACAGCUGCCGUCUCUCAAGAACUACUUCUGCCUCUGCCUGCUGGUGCCCAUGCCACUGUGAGGUGUCACCCCGGCAUCCAGGGAAGGUGUCUGGACUGCCUGCUGCACAGCUUUGACCUGGCAGAGGAGACCAGAAGAAUCAUCAUGGUGACCCACACCACGGCUUCUUCACAUCUGCCGGUGUGUAAGGCCGCAGAUGAGCACAUGAGGAGCAAAGCUGCACACCCGGAAGCCUCCCGGGCCUCAACUCCUCCAAAGCUUUCUUUGGCAGCCAGUGUGCAGCAGAACACAAGCAUGCCCUCCACACCCCCAGAGGUUGGUGUGCCUGUAGGCAGGACCCUGUGAGCCUUUCCUGGGUGAUGAAGAGGUGGGCAUAGCAACUUACUUUCCACGCUGUGUAUUUGGAAGCAAGUAGCUACAGAACACACUAAUAGCCAGAGCAGGGAUCGGGGCUGUAGGAGAACAUCAGGCAGAGCGAGAUAGAACCACCCCAGGUCUUUCACAGUGAGGUCGGCAGGCUUUCUCGUGAGGUCCUGAGACAGACAAGGCACCUGCCGGGGCUGCCCCUGAGCAGGCAGGUGGGCCCAGGGCAUCUUUGGGUCAUGAGUGCCCCAACAUAGGCACAGUCCACUCCCUGGGCUAGUCUGGCUGGUCUGGGAGCAUUGUGGGCAGCCUCCUUGUCUGACGGCCCAAACGGAAACCUACAGUCCGGGGCGGUAAGCCCAAGUCUGCUCAACGCAACAUCCCAUCUCAGAGCUGACCUUUCUUCAAUGUUGCCAACUCCAUUCGUGCAUUUGUGUCAGAUUGUUUAGUUUACGAGGCCGAUGCCCCAAUCGCGUACCCUGCUUGCGAAGUGCCCCAACGCGACCCUCCCUCGCGUGGUCGGAGCCGCUUGGGGGUUUUCAAGCAGCACCUUGCCUGAACCUGACUUCGGAGAGAUUAAUAUAUUGGAGAAGAUAUCUGAACCCUUAUUUGGUCAUUUUAGUUGUACCAUUAAAACACUUCCCUCAAACUGA